AUGACUUCAGGCCCACCAGUUCAACUACCUCCAAUCGCGAUUGGCGUCCUUAACAACAUACUCUGCCAUGAAUCGGCUCGAGUAGAAGUAUACUUCCUCUCAUCUUCGACUCUAUCACCGGCGUCACUUAGUUCAACUUGUGCCUCUUUGACAGAGUCUUACGUACAUGAUCUACUAGGAGAUGAACAGGUGGAAGACUAUCACCAGUUCCUCACGCCUAUCUUGACACCUUUCGCUUGUGUUCCAGACUGCAUCGAACACCACUUUGAUGGCCUAGAUAAAUGGCUCCUCGGACACCCGACGUCAGAAGAGGCAUCAACCGUCUAUCCUCAUGGCAUCCUUGUGUUUGACAAGGAUGAGCAAGAAGCAUUGCUUGUCCACGUCGACCAAAUUAACAAGGGAUGGCAUGUAGGAUCGAUCUACCUGCCUAUAGUCGAUCUAGGAGCGGAUAUCACCAGCCUUUUGCUCGGGGAUGAGUUCUUUGGAGACUUAUGCAAUAGGAAUAACGUUCAGGUGCCUCAAAACAAUCCUGAUAUCGACGAAAACUACAAGGAGCAUCAGAAGGAUGAGACCGGCGCAUGGAAGAACAAUCCGCCUCGUUUCGCUGUCUUCUCAACAGGAUGGAGCCAUGCGCUUCCUGUAGAAGGCAUGCUAGACGAUCAACACGCGGAUGCAUCCCUUGGUCAUGGCGAUGCCAAUCUUUACUCUCUCUCUGGAUCGCACUAUCUUGGGGAAAAAGAACAACUCAGAGCACAAUUCCCUGCGUAUGUUGCUGCUGACCAGAGAGGCGAAUGGAGGCAUGAAGGCAAAGGACCGUGUGCUUCUUGCAGGCCUCUGCACAAAAAUGUCUUCAUCGAAGUCGACAAUGCUGAACCACAGUCCAAAGGUGUCUUGGUCUGUACGAUGAAUUGGGAUGGCAAAACAAAUGACAAAGGUGACGAACAGCUAGCCGACGUAGGAAAGAAUGCAAAGAUUGAGACCAAGAGAGUAGGCGUCGCUUUUGCAGUGGCCACAGCGAAGGCCAUAUCCUCGAAUCUGGCAGAUCAGAAACCUCAAGACUGGCAGGAGAAGAUCUAG